AAGCAAAAGGACUACAGUGGGUAAUAGAUGUGACCAUAGCCUACCCUAAUGCAAGACCCAUGGACAUUCAGACAUGGAUUUUUGGUUACAGGGAUCCAACAGUAACACAUGUACACUACAGGACAUACCCCAUACAGGACGUCCCAGUAGAAUCAGAGGCGCUGGCAGAUUGGCUAUAUCAGCGAUUUGUGGAAAAGGAGAAACUUCUGGCUCACUUCUACAAGACAGGAGCAUUCCCUCCACUAGAAGGCCAAAAAGAGUUGGUCUCCCGAAACAUGACCCUUGACAACGUUUGGCUGUUUUUCGUCCAAACGUUCGCCUUCGCCUCAGGCUACAUGUGGUACAGCAUUCUACAUCACAUCUACUGCUGGUUCUUCUGACCGCUCUGAGGAGAGCGUAACGUGCAGGAUGGAGGGGGAAUGCCAGAGACCAAGAGCCCUGAUUGCCAUUCUCCUCUGCCGGAUGGUUGAAUGUACCCCGCAGGACGACUCCAGUUGCUGUAUCCGAUCGCGGUCCAGACACAUCCACCCAAUCCCAGCUGCCCGUGCAGACAUGCGUUUAUCCUUUAGAUUUGCGUAGAACCAGUUCAACAUGUUUACACAUGCGCGCUCACAUGCAGAGAGAAGAUUAUGCACAUCUAAAUGUUUACUCGUGCGUUUUUUUUUUUGUUUAACUUUGUUUUUACUUACAAUCAAAAUUAGGCUCAGGAAUAAACCAGAGAUAGAUCUGUCACGUCCUGCCACGUGAGGCAUCCCCCCCCCCCCCU